UGUGUGUCUCUUAACUCAGCCACCAACUAUAAAAGAAGAGCGUAGGAGCUUUAGGAAUUCACAGUAACUCCGUCGUCGUGAAAGUUACCUUUUCGUUCGGUUUCAUUCUCGCUCUCGUCUCCAUCUCUCCUCUCCCGCUCUUAAACGGUGCAGGCCGAGACAAACACACCAAAUCGUAAGCCGACCAAAAGUCCAUCCGCCACCUCAACUGACCGGCACCUGGUUCAUCACGUCCGUCAGUUUCCUUCAUCUCUGCGCUCCCCUGUCGAUUUCGGAGAAAACUCCACCCCCCUCCACCCCAGUGCCGCUCCACCCGCAGCGCCUACGCAGAGUCAAUCACGCACAAACGCUCCACGCACACACGCCAACAAUGAGGGAUUACGUCUGGUUGCUACUAGUCGUUUUGGCUACCGUCCAAGCGCAAUACUAUUAUCCGCAACCGUCUCCGCCGUUUGAAUUGCCUGGACCGACCCCUGCGCCAACCACUCAGGCUCCUACACCGGCACCAACCACUCCGGCCCCUACACCUGCGCCAACCACUCCGGCCCCUACACCUGCGCCGACAACUCCACCACCACCACCACCACCUGUGGCGCCAGUCGUUGAAGAGUACACGACGCCCAGCCCUCCGCCACCGACGACUGCAGCUCCUACGACGCUCCCGCCACCCCCGCCGACCACAACUGCGGCUCCUACUCCGGCUCCUACUACUCCUUACGUUCCUCCACCACCGCCACCAACUACGGCGGCUCCUCCACCACCCGUCGAGUACCUGCCACCAGUGGCAACUACCACUCUGCCACCACCACCACCCCCAACCACUACCCUGCCACCUCCACCACCCCCAACCACAACUCUACCACCCACAACUACCGUCUACGUUCCUCCUCCUACCACUACCGUCUAUGUCCCUCCUUCCACCACCACUCUGCCACCACCACCACCCCCGACCACUACUCUGCCACCACCACCACCCCCGACCACUACUCUGCCACCACCACCACCACCAACAACUACCACAGUCUACACCCAGCCACCUCUAGAGUACUUGCCACCGGUGACUUCUCGCCCAGUGCCCGUGCCAACUGAGAACCCACUUUUCCCCGAUGCCAACGAGAAUCAACAGGUGAGCAUCUUGUUCCCGACCGCUGCCCCGGCCACCACCACCACCACAGCGGCUCCUGUUGUUGUUACGACGCCCGGCCCUGCACCACCGCCAGUGGCGCCCGUUCUAACUGAAGAGGAAGAAGAGAUCCUCUUCUGGGAUUUCCGUGAGUCCAUUCCCGGCGAGCCAGAGUUGGACUAUCCCAUUUUCGACAAGAUCCCCGUCACAACUUUCACCUGCGACGACAAGAUUGACGGUUAUUACGCCGAUGUCGAGGCUCGUUGCCAAGUCUUCCACGUUUGCACAGCCGUUCCCAAUGAGCCAUCCGUCAAGAAUUCCUUCCUGUGCCCCAACGGCACCAUCUUCAACCAGGAGAACUUUGCCUGCCAGUGGUGGCCCGAUGUUGAAUGCGCAACGAGUUCUGAUUUUUUCUCACUCAAUGAAAAUAUUGGUAAAGUGCCAGAGCGCUCGCCCGAACAGCAGCAAGUGGUCAUUGCCGCCGCUGCUCCGGCCGUCGUAGUGGCCGCAGCAUCCGAGCCGGCAAAGAUCGCCGAACCGGCCGUGCUCGCAAUUCAACUACCGGCUGUUAUUCCGGUCAUCCAGGCCCAGGCUGCCGCCGUUUCAGAGUCUUUUGCCGCACCAGUUGCCGUUGAAGCCGCAGCCGCUGUGGAGGUCCCAGCUGCUGUUGAAAUUCAACAAGAACAAAUCGCCUUUGUGGCGCCAGCCGCUGAAAUCGCUUACGAAUCAGCGGCCGCUGCCUCACCAGAGGUCCAGGCUGUUAUUAUCCCAGAGCUUCCGGCUGAAAUUCCCGCCCCAGUUAUCCUUUCCAUCCGCGACGAGCCCGCCCAAGAGGCUAUUCAAAUUACUCUUCCGCAGGCACCUAGCGGCCUCUACGAAGCUCCCGACGCCAGCUCCUCUGUCGCUCAACAAAAGUACUAAGAGACGGAUACAAUAGGAAAAUCGACAACACACUCCCCACCUUCAACAACAAAAAGAAAUGAAAAUAAUUCGAAAUGUUUUGCGCACCACCAACGCACAGUGCCAUGGCGGAAAGGAAGACAACGGUCCAGGCAGCCAUGACAUAAUAUCGCGAAUUGAUCCCCCCCAUCCUCCCUCAAAAGAAAAAAACAAAUCGAAAAAUCCAUAAUAAUAACCGGUAUUUUGUUAUACCUAUUAUACAUACAAAAAGCUUUCCAUCAAAUUUAGUGCGGCAACAUGUAUAUUUCGUACGGAAACGGAGGUGUCUUACUGCCUUCCCCCUUUUUACCCUUCACCCUCAUAUCCUAUAUCCUCCCCCCCCCUUCCCAACUUCCAUCGAUGCCUGUGUAACAUACUUGAAAAAAACAAAAUAGAUGAAUCCUUCCAAACACAACAAUCAUUCAAGAAGAACGUCCCAUAGGAUUUUGAAAAACAAACCCCCCAAAGAAAAGGAGAAAAAUGUUGACUCGACUAGGUCUUCCUGUCGAGUCAAACGCAUCGAUACAAUGAACUGGAGUUGAGCGUGAAUGAAUUCUGUUCACGUCUUCGCCAUCAAUUUCCGUCUACACCAAAAUCCUAUUACUGUACACCCGUUCAAUAACGCGCCGUAGUAAUGACUUUUUUUUUUAUCAUUCUCGAAACGAAUACAAUAAAAGUGUCAAACUUGA